CUCUGACUUUGAACUAUGGACUUUGCAACUGGCGAUUUUGUGGAAAGACUACUUUAAAGGCAGCAAGUAUCCUCUCUGCAUUGCAAUUGCAAAGCAACAUGAUCUUAGAUAUGAUUGAAAGGUCGUUCCUCUAUGUUCUCAACUUGUUUGCUUCUUGUUGGAGUUAUAUAUCAUUUUAUCCGUGGUAUAUUUUGUUCGGCCAAAAAAUACGAAAUGACAAAGUUCAAGCCAGGCCUACAGUACUGAGAGAUCCUAGUUCGUCCUAUCGAUGUGUAGAGCAUUUAAACGAUAUUUUAAGAACUCCAUUUCAUGGAUUAUAUACGUUGGAUACAUUACUAAGACAGUCAGUGUCAAGCUAUGGCCCAUCAAAGUGCCUUGGUACACGAGAACUCCUCAGUUCAGAAAAUGAAGUACAACCCAAUGGAAAAGUGUUCAACAAAGUUGUACUUGGCGAAUAUAAAUGGCUUAGUUAUAACGAUGUUCUGACAAAGGCUGAAUCUUUUGGUUCUGGACUCAUGGCUAUUGGGCAAAAAACAAAACAAAAUCUUGUCAUAUUUGCUGAUACUAGAGCAGAAUGGAUGAUAGCAGCUCAAGCUUGUUUUAUGAACAAUUUUCCAGUUGUUACCUUAUAUGCUACUCUUGGUGAGGAGGCAAUUGUAUAUGGUAUCAAUCAAGCUGAAGUAGAAGUUGUCAUCACUGAUGGGCAAUUACUAAACAAGUUGCAAGCAGUUCACAUCAAUUAUUGUGUUAAAACCAUUAUCUACAUUGGUGAUACAGAUGUUAGUGGUCUAACAUCAUUUCCUAGCAAUGUUAAUGUGCUAUCUAUGACUGAGGUUGAAAAGAUUGGAACAAGAUCUCCAAAUGCUGUUCAGUCACGUGUUCCACCUACUCCAGAAGAUACAGCUGUGAUUAUGUAUACAAGUGGUUCAACAGGUUUACCUAAAGGAGUUAUCAUUUCUCAUGCAAAUCUAGUUGCAACCAUUGCAGGCAUGACAGACAGAGUACAAAAUAAGAGUGAUGAUGUUUACAUUGGUUAUCUACCUUUGGCGCAUGUGCUCGAACUUGCAGCGGAACUCGUCAUGCUCACGAAAGGAAGUUGUAUUGGCUAUUCUUCACCUUUAACCCUGUCAGACAUGUCUUCCAAAAUAAAGAAAGGUUCGAAAGGCGAUGUAAGCGUUCUUAAACCAACUCUAAUGGCGGCCGUUCCGGCGAUAAUGGAUCGUAUUCGUCACAAUGUUCUUGAUAAAGUGAACGAAGGUUCUUGGUUCAAACGACUGCUUUUUAAAUUUUCGUAUAACUAUAAAGUGGAUCAAGUAAAGCAAGGUUACGAUACACCAAUUAUAAACAGAUUCAUCUUCAAGAAAACAAGAGAUAUUCUUGGCGGAAAAGUGCGUGGGAUGUUGAGCGGAGGAGCCCCGUUAUCUGAAGAUACGCAAUAUUUUAUGAAUGCAUGCAUGUGUUGUCCUGUAAUUCAAGGUUAUGGUUUAACAGAGACAUGUGGCGGUGGAACAGUUUGCUACAUGUGGGAUAGAACUUGUGGACGUGCUGGAGCACCAAUUGGUUGCACCGAAGUUAAACUUGUGAGCUGGGAAGAAGGUGGUUAUUCUCCAUAUGACAAACCAAAUCCAAGGGGCGAAGUUGUUUUGGGUGGAGGAAACGUCACAAUGGGUUACUUUAAAAUGCCUGAUAAGACAAACGAAAGUUUUCAUGUGGAUAGAGAUGGACAGCGAUGGUUUUAUACCAGUGACAUUGGUGAAAUUGAAUCUGAUGGUACUUUGAGAAUCAUUGAUCGCAAGAAAGACUUGGUUAAGCUACAUGCUGGUGAAUACGUUGCACUUGGAAAAGUUGAAUCCAUUUUAUCUCGUUGCUCUAUUGUUGAAAGAAUCUGUGUCUAUGCUGAUUCCGGCAAGACAUAUGCAAUUGCUUUCAUUGUGCCACGUGCCAAGGAAGUUGCGACUCUUGCAAAAUCUUUGGGUCUCUAUCCGAAUGACAUGGAAGCUCUGUGUGAAAACCCAGCUAUUGUUAAGAAAGUUAUGGAACUGAUUGAAAAAACAGCCAAGAGUGAAAAACUGGAGAAAUUUGAAGUUCCGAAGAAGAUAAAAUUAUGCAAAGAAGCAUGGACUCCAGAAAGUGAACUUGUUACUCAAUCUCUGAAACUUAAGCGGCGCAAUAUUGCAACGUUCUACGCUGACAGUAUAAGAGCAAUGUACUCUUGAAGAAUGUUAUUGAUAUUAGGAACUGAAUAUACUCGCUCAGGAAAAAUGUAACUUGCUUAUAACUGACGCUAUAUUGAAUAGAUGUAAGUGCUUUUUAUCACUGCAAAAUCAUUUUAACCGUACCCAGUGCAACCAUGUUUAGUAUCUGUUGUGUUUUAGUGAUUGCUCAAUGUAAAUUUUAAUGCAAUGAAAGUUUACAUUAUGAACCUUUAUUGAUUUAAAAACCAAUUAUGUUGUUGAGAUCAAAUGCUUACUUGGUAAAUAUUGAUCAAAACGUUGACGUUGUUUUAAAUAGAUAGACAAUAAAAGAUGCAAUGACGUAA